AUGGCUCUUAAGGCUGCAUCAUGCAUACGGUUUUCAAGACUGCGCCUGCUGUCGAGCAGGCUAACAUACUGUUCUUGCUCGGAUGUGCCUGCUUCUCGUGCUUCUGGGGGUACAGCGGGGUCCACUGAGUUCGAAUCUGCAAUCCGGUCGCUCAAGAACAACAAUCUCCGGCCAGAGAUACUGACACGUGUUCUUGAUUCUACUUCAGAUUUGAACUUGUCCCUUCGGAUAUUUAAAUGGGCAUCAAGUCAGAGGAUAUUCGCUCAUACGGCUGACACAUAUGCCUGCAUGAUCUCCAAGCUCGGUGUUGUUGGGAACUGUGAUGAGAUGGACAGCCUCCUAAAGGAGAUGAUUAAAUUGAAUGCCCCUAUAUUGGACAAAAUCUUGAACGAUUUAGUUCAGUUCCUGAGCAAUAAGAACCGUUACGAUGAAGCCUUGCUGGUGAUUCAGAAUGCUUGCUCUGGGAAGCUCAAGAUCUCAGUGUCAUCUUGCAAUGCUGUGCUGUGUGGUUUAGUCAAGGAAGGGAGGGGUUUGCGACCAUUCAUUCGGGCAUACAUGGAGAUUGUGAAGGCUGGGGUCCUUCCUGAUGUGGAAACCUUGAAUUGGUUAAUUGAGGUGUUGUGUGAAGCUGGUAAAUUAGACCUGGCAUUGAUUCAGUUUGACAGGAUGAGCAAGAAAAGGUGUACCCCUAAUAGCCGUACUUUCAAGAUACUCAUAACAGCACUUUGUUCUCACGGCAGAGCAGAUGAAUCGAUAGAACUCUUUGAGAAGAUGAUGCAGCUGAGAUGCAUCCCUGAUAGCUGCUUUUAUGUUCAAGUGCUGCCCCUAUUUUGUAAGUUCAAUAAACCCAAGGAGGCAAGUAAAUUGCAUCAAAUGCUGAAACAAGAUAGCCUUCAGUUGGACCUACAUUUGUAUAGUGCCUUGAUUAAAUGUUUGUGUGAGAACCAACUAUUGGAUGAUGCUGUCACAGCAUUUAAAGAAAUGACAGCGUCAGGUCAUGCACCGAUGACAAAUACGUAUGUGAAUGUUGUAGAUUGCUACUGUACAUUAUCCCAGUUCCACAAAGCUGUGAGUUUUCUUGAGGUAAAUGAUGUCGCAGAAACAGAACCGUAUAAUGUACUGUUGAGAGAGUUAUGUAAAACAGGCACCUUGCGAGAUUUAGUUAGCUAUCUUGAGAAAUUUCGCGCAAGGGGGCUGGUUGAUUGUCGCUCAUGGAACAUAGUUAUCACCCAGUUCUGCAAACAAGGGAACAUUAGAGGAGCAUCUGAGCUUAUUGGUAGAAUGACAGUUUCUUCUUUUACAGCUGAUGAGAGUACUUAUUCUUCUGUUGUAUCUUGUUACUGUCAGUUAGGUUUGUACAGGACUGCCCUAGAUAUGUUCAGAAGAGCCAGUGUUAGCAAUUUGGUACUGAAUUCAGAUUCUUUCUCGCAACUGGUAGAAGGUCUGUGCCACAUGGAGCGGAUCAAAGAAGCUGUUGAAGUUUUUAAAUAUCACUGCAAAAGAGGUUGCAGCCUUACCAAUGAAGCGCUUGAUAUACUAAUCCAAGUGAGUUGUAUGGCUGGAAUGAUACGUGACGCAAUCAGAAUGCGUUCGCUAGCUGUUUGCACUGGCACUUCUUGUGCAUUUUCAACUUAUAACACAAUUAUCCAUGCACUACUGCAUUUGAAGAAGGAGAAGGAUCUGUUGCUUCUCCUUGCACAGAUGCUGAUGGAAGGUUGUCUAUUGGACAGCUACACAUACAAUGUUCUUGUGCGUUGUUUCCUUACCAAGGAGACAAUUCUUGAGGCUGCUCUGUUGUUCAACAAAAUGGUGAAUGAUGGCUUUGUUCCUGACCAAGAGACAUUUGAACUAUUAGUCCCUGAUAUGGCCGUGUUUUCGUUACUAAGCAGGGUUUCAGAAAGUUUACUGAAAGUGGCAAGUAUAGAUGGAAUGGCAAGCCCUAGAAUUUAUAACAUUAUCAUUUAUGGCCUUAUCAAAGAAGGCUUCAAAAGUGAGGCAUGUAAGUUUUUGGAUCAAAUGCUAGACAAGGGAUGGGUACCUGAUUCCAAGACACAUCGUGUGUUAGUUGGGACAGUUGAUGGAGAUGAGCCUAGAGAAGUUGACAAUUCCUUCCAAACAGCUGAUGAUGACACUGUAAGCAAUAUACUGUUGGAGGGUCUAGAAUGA